AUGAGGCGGGGCACAGUGGGCACAGUGGUCACAGUGGUCACAGUGGUCACAGUGGGCACGGUGGUCACAGUGGGCACAGUGGGCACAGUGGGCACAGUGGUCACAGUGGUCACAGUGGGCACAGUGGUCACGGUGGUCACAGUGGUCACAGUGGGCACAGUGGGCACAGUGGGCACAGUGGUCACAGUGGUCACAGUGGGCACAGUGGUCACAGUGGGCACAGUGGUCACAGUGGGCACAGUGGGCCCAGUGGGCACAGUGGGCACAGUGGUCACAGUGGGCACAGUGGUCACAGUGGGCACAGUGGUCACAGUGGUCACAGUGGGCACAGUGGUCACAGUGGUCACAGUGGUCACAGUGGGCACGGUGGUCACAGUGGGCACAGUGGGCACAGUGGGCACAGUGGUCACAGUGGGCACAGUGGUCACAGUGGGCACAGUGGUCACAGUGGGCACAGUGGUCACGGUGGUCACAGUGGGCACAGUGGGCACAGUGGGCACAGUGGUCACAGUGGGCACAGUGGUCACAGUGGGCACAGUGGGCACAGUGGUCACAGUGGGCACAGUGGGCACAGUGGGCACAGUGGGCACAGUGGGCACAGUGGGCACAGUGGUCACAGUGGGCACAGUGGUCACAGUGGGCACAGUGGUCACGGUGGUCACAGUGGGCACAGUGGGCACAGUGGGCACAGUGGGCACAGUGGUCACAGUGGGCACAGUGGUCACAGUGGGCACAGUGGUCACGGUGGUCACAGUGGGCACAGUGGGCACAGUGGGCACAGUGGGCACAGUGGUCACAGUGGGCACAGUGGUCACAGUGGGCACAGUGGGCACAGUGGUCACAGUGGGCACAGUGGUCACAGUGGGCACAGUGGGCACAGUGGGCACAGUGGUCACAGUGGGCACAGUGGGCACGGUGGUCACAGUGGUCACAGUGGGCACGGUGGUCACAGUGGGCACAGUGGGCACAGUGGUCACAGUGGGCACAGUGGUCACAGUGGGCACAGUGGUCACGGUGGUCACAGUGGGCACAGUGGGCACGGUGGGCACGGUGGGCACAGUGGGCACAGUGGGCCCAGUGGGCACGGUGGGCACGGUGGGCACAGUGGGCACGGUGGUCACAGUGGUCACAGUGGGCACAGUGGGCACAGUGGUCACAGUGGGCACAGUGGGCACAGUGGUCACAGUGGUCACAGUGGGCACAGUGGUCACAGUGGGCACAGUGGUCACAGUGUGCACAGUGGUCACAGUGGGCACAGUGGGCACAGUGGUCACAGUGGGCACAGUGGGCCCAGUGGGCACAGUGGGCACAGUGGUCACAGUGGGCACAGUGGUCACAGUGGGCACAGUGGUCACAGUGGUCACAGUGGUCACAGUGGGCACGGUGGUCACAGUGGGCACAGUGGGCACAGUGGGCACAGUGGUCACAGUGGGCACAGUGGUCACAGUGGGCACAGUGGUCACAGUGGGCACAGUGGGCACAGUGGUCACAGUGGGCACAGUGGGCCCAUGGGCACAGUGGUCUCGUGUGUUUGGGCUGGGAGGCCUCGCCCCAGCAGCGCGGCUGUUUCUCUACCCGCACAGCUCCGUGUCGACCCGACCUCUGGCGUCCAGCGGCGACCCGAGCACCGCACAGCGGCUCGGGUCGCGGGACGUGAUCCUGACGAUACUGGUUGUGAAAGUAGAGGAUUGUGUAGAGCAGUCCCGGGCAGACACGCCUGCCUGUGCCGAGACACGUGGGGAGUGCGGGGCUCGCCGCCUGCCGACACGCCUCCCGCGCGACACGUCUCCGCGGGGACUGCGCCUCGGCGCCGCUGCAUUAUGGACGAGACGCGAACUUCGCUCCUUCAUGGCAGGGGAGAAGGUGGGCGUGGACGUGGGCGUGGUCUAG